AUGCUCGAAGAGAAUAUAAGCGAACCUUCUAAAGAGAAUUCGAAAGAGGAAGAGCCUGUGUUAUUGAGGAAUUAUAUGGAAAGAGCAUUUUCAAACUUAGUAUUUAUCGGACAUGUAGAUGCACUAUAUGCUGUUUUUGACAGGAAUGAUAAAUACGAAAAUGAGCUAAAGAACAAAAACGGGCAUGAUAUUUAUUAUGGGCGAUUGAUACAAAUAAGGAAUAACGUGCAAAGGAAAUUAGAAGAAUGUGAACAUGUUAGAAUAUUGGUCAUAUCUGCUAAUAAAGGUGAAUUUAAAACAGGAUUUGAGAGAUGCGUUCAAACAUGUGAACAUGCCGUUCUUUGUUGGUUGACUUCCAAAUUAUGA